UUGCCUUAUCAUGUUAUAGCUGAGAUGAAAUCUGGAUCAGUGAAGUGUUGGACACAUUAUAAAAGCCUUCGAAAAUGAUGCAUAUGUACCGUAGGUACAAGGUACUAAAUUCCGGGAAAGUUGAAUAGCGGCUGAGUGUAGAUAACGCAGGAAGUGCCAUUUUCACUCUUCUGAAAUUAGUUUUUCGAAGCAGGAAGGAUGAGAUUCUUUGACGUUGUUCUGAUCUUCAUACUAGGGAACGAAUGUGUAAUGACGUCAUCCAAUGAAUGCAGAAACAGUGAACACUGUCGAUGUAUCAACAAAUUUGAAGAAUAUGAAUUUCAAUGUACGUCAAACAACGACAAUGUGGUUGUACAUGCAGUUCCUGACAAGUAUAUUAAAAUUGACUGUUUUUCCACAAAAUUCAAGGUCAAUAUUUUACCUAACUACACUGCCGGAAAUAUUGAACUUUUUGAAUUAAGAUUCUGCCCAUUGACCUUAAUUGACUUCUUCUCAGUUCUCGAGAAGUUCGGAAUUGAAAAUUUGGAAAAUGUUCGCUUGAAAGCAUUAUGGAAGAACUCAUCCAACGAAACUGUGUCUCUCACUAAAGACUUCUUACGAAGUCUUUCCUCUAUGCGAAAUCUUUAUAUUUCAGUUUCUGAUAAUGUCACAGAUGUUGAGGCAUUUGGGAACUUCCCAAAAUUAACGAAUCAAUACUUGCCAAACAAUUCUAUUCAAGAAGUGGGUGGUAUGUUCAUAAUCCCAAAACAUCUUAAAGUACUACACUUGUCGAACAAUGCUCUUACACACAUUCCUAAUGGUACAUUCCAGAAUCUUGUAGAGCUGCAGCAAUUACGUUUAUGGAAAAAUAACCUGAGUGGUAUAACAAAAUAUGACUUUGCUGGCUUAAACCAUCUGAAAUCUUUGGAGCUUAACAGCAAUCAUAUACAGUUCAUUGACAAAGAUGCAUUUUCUAAUCUAUCAGAGCUGAUAAUUAUUAGUUUGAAAGGAAAUCAAUUGGGUCAUAUCAAUUCGAAUAUUUUUAGGCAUAACCAAAAACUCAAUAAUAUUCUAAUAGAGUUCAAUUCCAAUGUUACCUUGGAUGACUAUGUUUUUGCCAAUUUGAAAAAAUUGUGUAUGGUGAAUUUGGCACAAUCAGGAUUGACAACAAUUCCAGAGCAUGUUUUUGAAGGUUCUGAAAAUAUAGAGACAUUAUUACUGCAAAAUAACUUUCUACAAGAGUUUUCAAAGGGAGUAUUCAGUAGUUUGAAGAAUCUCAAACAACUCAACCUGAGUAGCAAUAACAUUUUAUCCAUUCCUGAUACCUUACUGUCACCGCUUGUGAACUUGGAAGUCCUGGACUUGAGAGGAAAUAUUAUUUCUGAAAUCAAUUACAAAAUAUUCAAGUCGCCAAAAAAUCUCAAGAAACUAUUCCUGAACAACAAUCAAAUAAAAACAAUCAUGCCAAAUGCUUUUCAAAACAACAAAGGACUUAUUUCUAUUGAUUUAUCUAAUAAUUUGUUCGAUAUGAAAUACGAAUGUAUGUUGGAAUACAAUCCAUUCAUGAAUUGUGAUCAGUUAGAAGAAUUACUAUUAAGUGGAAAUCGUAUAGAUGAGUUUCCCUCGAUCAUCAUGCACAUGGUUCUUCGAAGGAAAUUGAAUUUGAAACAGGACAAUUCCAGCUCUUUUCAUGUAACCGAAUCAAAACACAUUGCAUCCAAAAAUGUGAAGGUGGACUUGAGCAACAAUAAGAUAUCUGUCGUGGAAUUCAAGGACUGGGAACAUCUUGCAAUAGAAACAUUCAAGAAUCAGAAUGUGAAAAAAAAUGUUGUACCCUUAACAACUAUUCUUCUUUAUAAUAACCCGUUGUCAUGUGACUGUCGUAACUACGAUCUGGUUCGAUAUUUCAAAGAUAUGUUGAAUCCUGCUGUGAAGGCUGUAGUUGAUUUAAGAAUUGUAGACAGCAAUUGCGCGGCGCCGGAUUCAUUGCAGCAUAUGAAAAUAGAAGAUCUUCAACCUCAGUACAUAAGUUGUCCAUAUCUUUCAAAAUGCGAGACCUCAAGCCAAUGCCAGUGUUUCUAUCGACCCUUUUACAAAUCCGUUUCAAUAGAUUGUUCAUAUAAAAACCUCACGGAAUGUCCCAGAAUUGAUGUGAAUUUUAGGAGAGUGGAAAUGAACCUAGUGGGAAAUAUUAUACGUUAUGGUCCGAAUUCCAGUUUAGGAUAUGACAAUGUGACUA